AGUACAAGACACUGAAGAGGGUUUUACACUUGAGGUGAAAAACGUAUCUGUCAAAGGAUGCAAAUUCUUAGUGGAAUUCAAAGGAAUAUUACUUAACACGAUUUUGUUUUUACUUACAGAUAUUCCUCUAACAAGCCCAGGUUCAUCAUCAUAAUCUAGAUUCUAUCAAAUAUCUCUGUAUUUGACAAAUAUCGCGAAAUUUCUCGAAAAUUCAACAAUUCCGGAAUCGUCGCCAGAGGUUGUUUUGGAAUUUUCCAGACGUCGUUCCAGGAUUUCAAUUGCAGAUUCUCCGGGGUUCCGCCCGGGUUUUCUCACGAUUCUCGCGAUCUUCCUCCUAAAACUUCUAUCGGAAACGCUACAGGAAUAUUUGGAAUUUAUUUUGGAGUUCUUCUCGAAAUUUCAACCGGAAAUUCUCCUGGUAUUCACCUUUCCAAAGUUUUUCUAGGAUUUCUACCUUUCUGAAUUGUACCCGGAUUGACUUCCAGUAGUUCUUGGAAGAAUUUCUAAAGAAAUGAGUAGAGAUCCGAUUCCUCCCAGGAUUUCUCCAAUAUCCCCUCUCUUGAAUCCCCUAGAAUGCCUCGAAUGAUUUUGCCCAUAAUUCCUUGUGAGAUUACCCACGGAGUUACUUUCGGAUGAGUUUCCGAAUUCUCCCUGGAAAGUUUCUACCGAAUUUACUAUCGGUUUUUUUUUUUGAGACGAACGAGAAAAUUCUCUUCAUAUUUCCCACGAGAAAUCCUGAUAGAAAAUACGAUAAGAAAAAGUGAGAAAUUCCAGAAGUGAUCCUAGGAAACCUCUUGGAAAGAAAUCGUGAAUCUAGCAGACAUCCUGGAAAAACCGCUGAAUAAAAUCGCGGAAGAAGCCCUAACUGUUCUUAGAAUACCAGGAGAAAUUCUAGACCAAAAAUGGAAUCCCGGAAGAAGGUAUUAGAGGAAACCCAGAAGGAACUCAUGGGAGAGUUUCUUGCAAAGCUGAUGGAAUUACUGAAGGAAUUACUCAAAGGAGCUCCUGUAGGAACUUCGAAAGAGACUCCGUGAGUAAUUCCAUAAGGAAUAAUACCAAAAAAUGUCUAGAGGAAUUCGUAAUCAACUUCUGGAAGAUUUUCAUCCCAGGAACAUCUGGGAGAAUUAUAAAAUGAACUUGCGGAGAAAUUUUGGUAGAAACUUCAGGAGGAACCUAGAAAAGAGUUCCGAGAGAAAUCCAGGAUUAAGUUCUUGAAAAAAAAUAAUCGAGAAGCUAUUUCACACAGAACCUCGGGAGGAAUUCCUGGAGGAAACCUAAAAGAAGUUCCUAAAAGAAUCCCGUAAAUUCUCCUCGAGGACUCAUAGAAGAAGUUCAUGGAGGAAUCCCGGAAGAAGUUCUUUGAGAAACACCGGGUAAAGCUUUUGGAAGAUUCCCAAUAGAAGCUCCCAGAGAAAUACCAGAAGGAGUUCCUGGAGGAACCCAGGAGAGAAUUCAUGAAUAAAUCCCGAAAUCAGUGCCAGAAACAAUCCUUAAGGAAGCUUCCGGAGCAGUCUCAGACCCCGGAAGGAGUUCGCGAGAGAAUCCCGGAAGAAGUUCCAAGAGAAACCUCGGAGGAAUAGCCAAAGAAUUCACAAAAGUAGUUCUUGGAACAACAGAAGUUUUUGGAGGAUUCCGGACAGAUUCCUUGAGGGAAUCACCCAUAGAAUUCCUGAAGGAAUCCCAAUGGAAUUUUGGAAUGAAUCCUUGCAGAAAUUGUGCAAGGAGAUCCUGGAGAAAUCCCGAAAUGAAUUAUUGAAACAAUCCAAGAAGAAACUUGUGAAGGAUCCCGGAUGGAGUUUCUAGUGAAACUCCUAAAAUAAUCCCGGAUGGACAUUCCGGAAGAAAUUUGUGUAGGAAUCCCUGUGGGACAUCCUGGAGGAAUCCCUGAUUAAACCUGUUUAUGAAUCUCAGAAGAAGUCCUAGAGUCCUAGAGGGAAAAUGUUAAGAAAUUUUAAAUAAUUCACCAAUCAGAAGGGUCUCAUAAGAAACUCCCUGGAAAUCCCAGAAUAAAUUUCUGAAGGAGUUCUGAGACAAGCUUGUGAAGGACGUGUAGAAAUAAUUCCUGAAGGAAUUCCAGUUGGAAGGAAUUCCAGAAGCUGCUGGAGUGGUGUCAUCAUCAAGUCAUAAAUCAGCAAACGUUCCCACUCAGGCAAACCCCACAUUUUGAACUCAAUCAAACCAUCCAUGGAAGCUGACGAAAUUUCGCUAAGUGUGAAUCGUGAACAACAAGGCCACGAAAUGGCAAAGACAAAACAAAAUUUACCUUAACAACCGCGGCGUGCGGUUCCCAUAUUCAAUGACGUUCAUUUUUUGACAAUUCGGGUAACAGUAAUAUGAGAAUGGAUACUUUACCGAACAAUACUUCAACCGGUCGUGUUCAUAAAUCUAACUUUGUUGAAAAAAAAAACAGCACACUUAUUUUCCUAAUAUUUCUAGAACGAUAUGUAUAAAUACUUUGAUGCCUAAAUAUUCAAAUAUUCUUAGUUUUACAUACCACAUCAUUAACCAGUGUGGCACACAAAGUUGAUAACUAAAUAACCAAUCCUUGAAAGAUUUAAUAUUCUGAACUUGAGUUAACAUUGAUUGACAAAAUGCACUACCUUGUUGGCUAGAAAGUAACUUUACUCCAACGUCGAGCGUAUAGUAGAACACCAUUUUCGUCGGUCUUAGGCAAAUAUGUGCCUCCAAUUUCCCCGAAUGUGUAGGGAUCGCAGAGUUUCUUCAACCCCGUGUAGCCAGCGCCGUUCGUGGCCGCCCACGAAGUCGCUGACCUCUACCUGUUGAGUAUUCUUUUCGCUAUUCUUUCUUCCGACAUUCGCACUACUUGACAACCCCACAAAAGUCUGCCGUAUUUUAUACGUUUCACACUAUUUGCAUCUUUGUACACUUGGUAUAACUCGUGCUUCAUGCGUCUGUGCCACACUCCGUUUUCUUGUUUCUCGCCGGAAAUUGUUCGCAGCACUUUGCGCUCAAAGACUUCGGAAGCUUUUCGGUCUCUACCUCAUUUAACGUCCAUGCCUCGUGACCCUUGAGAGCACCCGGUAGAAUCAACGUCUUAUAUAGAGCGUCUUAUAUAAGCUGGUUAAGCAAUCCGUAAAAGGCCCUAUUCGCAGCUAAAAUACUCCUUUUUACUUCACGGGAAACGUCAUUGUCACACGUUACUAGUAUUCCAAGAUUAACAAAUUCUCUAAGAACUUCAAACACAUCCCAAUCAAUCACUACCUCAGCACUAAUACCACUAGGCCUGCAUCUGUCUCUAUGCGCUAUCGUGUACUUUGCUUGGUAGAGUUGAUUGUCAAGCCUAUACUCGCUGUCUGUCUCUUCGGGAGGAGCAUAAGCUUCCUCCACUGCCCCACGAUCGAUGCCGAUGAGAUCAAUAUCGCUCGCAGCAUCACCCUGCUUCAAUCCACCCAAGGUCACAAAAGAGGUAGACACUUCCUCUGCGAUCCGAAUAGUUGAUUUUGAUGCAUCAGCGUAGGGUGCAUCAGCCUAAUUAGUUUCGCCGAAAAUCCAUGUUCUGACAUUAUCUGCCAAAGCCCAUUUCUUUUCACUGACUCGUAGACUGCUUUAAAAUCAAUGAACAGAUGGUGAGUCUGCCAGUUAUAUUCCCGAAAGAUCCGUCGUAGAUCGGCCCUCACGAAAACCAGCCUGGUAUUCGCCGACGAAGGACUCCUCAAGAGGUCUCAAUCUGUUGAACAGGAUACGCGACAGUAUCUUAAACGCUGAAUUUAAAAGGUUGCUCCCGUACGUGCUUAAGAAGUUCGAAUCGGACUUCUACUGUGGUGAAUUCACAGCGAAUGACAAAUUUCUCGCCAAAAAUAGCUGAACAUUAAAUGUAUACUAACCCUAUGGGGUGCUGUACCGGUAGCCGCAUCCGUGGUAUCCAAACUCUAUAACAUUGAAGUGAAAAUCCAUAUAAAUAAAGACACAAAGGACGAAAAGCACAUAUCAGUGAGUGAAACGUUGAAUUGGCAGCCCGCUUAAAGUGAACGAGAGUGUGCCCCGUAGUGACAUCACGGCGGAGGGCUGAAACACGAUGGAUUACAUAAAGGAGCUGGAUAUUCGGCUUGACAAGGAGUACUACUACGCCGGUGAAGUACUCUCCGGGAAAGUGAUAAUGCACACAACCGAGAAUUUCAAACUUAAAUCUAUCCGUCUGCUUCUUCGAGGAAAAGCUCACGUCGAGUGGAAGGUGUUUGUAUCCGGAGAUAAGAGAACGGUGAAGGACGACCAGCUGUACAUUGACGAGCGGGCGGUGAUAUGGGGCGAGCGGGCCGGCGAAGGGCUAGACGUCACCGUCCCAGUGCUGAUCCGCGGUCAGCAUCAGUUCCCCUUCCGCUUCAACAUCCCGGAAACCAACCUGCCCUGCAGCUUCGAGUCACGUGCCUGUUACAUUCGUUACUUUGUUAAGGUUACAAUCGACAUUCCCUAUGCUUCGCCUCCGCAAGGUAUCAAGUAUUUCACCAUCGUGGGACCACAUAUCGACUGCAUGGACGAGCAAUAUCUGAAACCAAUUACGGCUCAGGAUAAGAAAGUGAGAUGUUGCCUGUGUUGUGCCAAAGGACCAGUGACGUUGAGCUGCUCCCUGGACCGGACUGCGUUCUGUUGUGGCGAAACGCUCAAACUCAAAUCCAUCAUCGACAACCAGGGCGAGGACAGCGUCAAGCUAAAAGUGCGGUUGCUCCAGUUUUGCGAGUUUUUCGUCGAACGUGGCGUGCUGGGCGUCACAAAGGAGGUCCAACAUUUGGUGCUGGAAUACAAGGGUGAACUGGUGCCAUCCCGGGAUCAUCAGGAUACCUGUGCCAGCCUGCGGAUACCGACGGUGCCUACGACACUGAUGGGCGUUUGCCGCCUGGUGCAAAUCUAUUACAUGUUGACGGCAUGCCUGGAAUUUGAGAAAUCGGGCGAUGAUUUGCACAUUAAUUUCCCCAUCACCAUCGGAACGGUACCAUUCCGAAUACCGAACAGCAAUCUGCAACCGCACAUAGGAUACGACGUUGCCACUGACCACGUGGAAGGUGGAAUUUAUAUAGGACCGGAAUUCCUGCUGGGGGAAGUGUACGACGGAUGCAACGUUAGCGACAACGAAUACCGCGACCUGGCGCCCCUCUACCGCCCGGUGUACCUCACGGUUGUUCGCAGCUCUCAGCAGAUAUCUGCCCGUGCCAUCGCCGGUCGCACUAAUCGCAAAAAAUCCUCCUGCGAGGUGGAAAUCGCUGAAAUACACCGGAAAUGAAUUGACUCACCGUCGAGCUGACAGCAAGCGAAGCAGAGGUAAACAUAAACAUGCCAUAGACCACCUAUGAAGGCGGAGGAAAUGCCGCCCACCUACCUAGGUAGUUGCUUGCAUGCACGCACCACCGCAAACAGUAGUGUACUAGUCUCUGCCCACAUUACACAAGUUUACGAAAAAAAGUGAAACAAGAAACCCGAGAUAUAAAGCAAAAGUGUGCAUAAGUUGAGCGAAAAAUUAACAAUUUAUCUAAAAAGAUUUCUUUGCUAAUUAAAAAUAAAUUAGGUUACUGUCUAAUGUCACAUGAAAAAAAACUGCUGAAGAGUAUCAACAUUUGAGAUAUAUUUAUUAUUCUUUAUUUAUUUAAUUUCCACAAUAUUUGUUUUAGAAGUUUCUAUGCCUAGCGUUCGUUUGCAAUCCAUCUCAAAUUAAUUUUUAUUAAGAUAGAACACAGCAGAGCUACAUGUGCACGGAACUGCCAAACUACCCAAAAUUGAGUUCUUUUGACGCAAUCCCAUAGUACCGCCCAAUAAGCCAAAUUUGAGUAAAUCGAUUAAACUCACACUAGGUUAAUUGCCUUUACCUCCAGCAAAAAAAUAUACUUAAGAGUAGGUAAAUUCAACCCAAGACUCCCCCCUCAUUCAACCCAAAUUUGAGUAUACCUACAUUUAAUCAAAAUUGGCUUAUUGGGCUCAAGGACCCCCAUUGGGUAGAUGCAUCUCUGUUUGUUUUUGACAACAUCGGUGGGGGAAAGAGGGAAAUAACCUAAUUUUGGGUAACUAGUUUAUUCGAUAUACUCAGCUUUGAGUAAAAUCGACCCAAAAAUUAGGUAGUUUGAUUUCUCCGUGUGUAUAUCGUUAUCUAAAAAAGUUGUUAAAAAAUAAGUGUUUUCAGCCAGCUAAAAACUGAUAUCCUAUUAUUCUGAAACAUAAAAACCUCAAAUGUUUCCUUGUUAUGGUAACUUGUUUAUACUCCAUUGCACGGUGACGUCAUCAAGAAAUCGCUCUCUUUCGCUCCUACGGGAAAUUAUAAAACAACAGGACCAACACCUGUCAAAUUUGACAGGUACUGGUCCUGUUGUUUUCAAACUCUCUGAAAGAGCGAAAGAGAUAGAAUUUCGCCGUGAGGUGGUCUAUAUAGUAUCCCUUCUUAUACACUGAAAUAAAUUUUGUUGUACAAACUACCGAUUUCAUAGUCAAAUUACUAACCGUACCUAUGAUUCUCAAGCGACAGCUAUUUCCUGUUAAUUCCACUAAAACACUGUCAAUUUAACUAGCAGUGCUAUUAACAUUACCAAAAAUAAUCUAAAUUUAACAGCUGGGCAGUGUAUUUUUAACCAUACCGUGUUGUAAGAUGCGUGUCCAGGAAAAAAUGACAAUGUUUUGUUGUUGAGACGACUACGCUUUUAGUCAAAUUUACUGCAAUGCAUUGUUACUUCAAUCAUAUUUCAGUGAACUUAACAGAUUUUGUUGUCGGUUGAGAAUCAUAGGUACGGUUAGUAAUUUUACUAUGGAAUCGGUAAUUUGCACAACAAAAUAUAUUUCAGUGUAUCUAUGUUGCAAAAUUCGAGAGACUUGUUUGAAACUGACGACUUUGAAAAACUGGAAUUAAAAAUGCUCCUUACACCCCUCCUCCGCCUAUUAAGAGAAGUCGUUCUCAUAUGCCACUGCUAAAUAUUUGCAUAACUGGCCUUCUUUCUUCUCCCUAAAAAUGUACAUUGUUUGAAUACAACCCCACAACAACCGUACGUCCAUAAAUUACGCCAAGCUAACUGAAAAUUUUCGCACACUCCCCCUAAAAACGUUACAUAAUUCUUUGACAGCUCCUUAAUGGUUUCAAUUCAUUUCAAACAUCAAUCACUCUCAUCAACAAAUUUCGAAUGAAAGUUUAUCAAGACGAAAUUACAAAUUUUGUUUGAAAUUCGAAACGCCUCCAGGGUCCUUGUGAUCCUGUUUCUUAUCAUAUUUUUUUACUCAAAAAAUUUAAGUAUGUAUUAGCAUCAUCAGCUAUCCGUGUUCCAAAACUUUGCACACUAGUGUUGACCUUCAUAGUUGCAAUCUGAGGAGCCAGACCCAUGGCCGGCCAGGCCUCUGAUCAGCCACCCACUUUAUUCACUUUACUUCACAUACCGUAACACCAUCCAUCUGCAAUGCCUGGUAUAAAGCAUACGGCGGCGCCUGUCGUGUAGUGUGAAUAAACGACACGCGUAUACAGUCCCGACCAAAAGCUUGGGAUCUUCAUGUCAGAGAAAUGGUGUUUUAAUGCCGCCAAUAUUCGGUCGAUUAUAUUCAAAAGAUAAUACCUAAUUAAAAAAAAAACUUUGAACACGAAUCAGCCAAAUUUAUAAACAAAAUUUUGCCAACUUAGCGGAAAAUCUAGAAAGAAUGCUACAUACCUAGUAAACUAGCUGUUGAUGAAUUCGACCAAAAGUUUGCGGGGGAUUGUAACAUAAGGCUGAAUUUCAAAAGGCUGAAUGCACAAAAGGCUGAAUACGAAAGGCUGAAAUCAAGAAAAUGUAGCAUAAGGCUGAAAUUACAAAAGGCUGGAAAUUGAAAAGGCUGAAAAUUCGAUAAUGCAUAUAUUAGUUAUAGCACUUCCUCCUUUUUUUUAAAUAACGCCCGGACUGAGAUCGAGCCUGCUUUUCAGCUGUGGCGUGAUCUGUUUGUUUGCGUUGUUAACACGGUUGAGGUUAGCCUUUAGCCGGUGCGUUUGAAUCGCCAUUUCAGCCUUAUGUUAUUUCAGCCUUUUCAUGCAUUCAGCCUUAUGUAAUUUCAGCCUUUCGUGUUUCAGCCUUUUGUUAUUUCAGCCUUUUGUAAUUCAGCCUUUUUACAUAACCCGUUUGCGGGGUCACCACAUUAUCCAUAUCCGCUCAGAAUCCUAUUUAUAGUAAGUUUCUCCUAACAAUUCUAGAGCAUUCACACCAUGGAACAUUGGAAUACCAUGUUCGGUAAAUUUUUGACGAAAAUAGAACAGCUGAAUACAGCUAUACUGCAUUGUUUACCUUUUGCACCCGGUUUUGACAGUUGGUGUACUGAGCCUCAGUAAAAUCGAUUACCGAAGCUACCGAAAUAGUUCUGCUGUUCUAUUUUCGUCAAAAAAGUGCUGAACAGGCAAUUCAGGAAUGAGUGUGUUCUCUAAGACAUUCUUACAGUGUCUGACUCAGAAUUAAGGAUUCAUCCUCAAGAAUUCCUCCAGGAAUUUCACCCGCGAUUCUUUCAGACGAUCCUUUUAGUAUUUCCAAAGGGCUUUCUCCCGUGUUUUUUUUUUCAGACCUUCCUCUAUAGAAUUUUUUUAGGUAUUCCACCCGGGAUUUCUUAACAAAUGUCACCUGGGGUUCCCUCAAGGAUUCCUCCAGGGAUUCCAUCAGGAAUUGCUCGCGUAUUUUCUUUCAGAGAUUCCUCCCUGAAAUUCAUUCACUGAUUUCUUCCGGGAUUCUAUCAGGGAUCCAUUUCGAUAUUUUACCUGGUAUUCAUUUCACGAUUUUGCCCCGAGAAUUCUUACGGGAAUUUUAAGGGAUUUCUCCUGGGAUUCCUUCAGUUUUUUUUGUCUGAAACACCGUUAGCGAUUUAUCCCAGGAUUCUUUUGGAGAGAGAUUCUUUCUAUGAUAUUUUUCGGCACUAGGAAUUGAUUUCUUUCGGAAUUCCUUCAUAGAUUUCCACGAGAUUCCAUUCCAUCAGUUUUCUUGGGUUUUCAUCGGGGAUAACUCCUGUGAUUCUUUCAUGGAUUCUAUCAAGAUUCUGUCAACCAUUUUUCCAGGAUUUCUUUCUACAAUUCUUUUAGGAGUUUUGCCGGGAUUACUUCAGGUUUUGUCUCGGAAUACUUUUUCCGAGAUUUCCGCAGGAAUUUCUCCCGGGAUUGAUUAUUUGCGGUAUUUUUCAUUGAUUUCUCUGAAAUUUCCGUUAGAGAUUCCUUUAAAGAUUUUUUCCUGGAAAUCCUUCAGGGGUUCAUCCAGGAUUCUAUCAGGAAUCUCUCCAGAGAUUUCUUUACUCGUAUAUUCAAAGGGACUCCUUUUGGGAUUACCUCAUGAAUAGGUCGGCGUUCGGUCAGAGUGGACUAUGCGGUUUUUUAGUUAAGUAAAGAUAUGCGAAGGAAUUCGAAAACUCUGAACUUUUCGUCAUUAUUUUGAAUCAGAUGUUUCGGAUUCCUUAUAAACCAGGGAAUGAAAUUAUCGAUCACGAUCGCGAUAGUAGAAAACUCUCCCACACGCAUUAUCGGCGACAAAAGACGUGCGAUAAAUUCAGACCCGGGUUUCUCUCGAGAAUGUGUUUUCGCUCGUUCCGCAGCGCCGAAAAUCGAUUAUCAUCAGCAAUGAAAAGUUGACUGGUUUGCUUUCUGCUCUUUGUUCGCCUUUCCGUAGCCCGUCGUCACCGGCUGUAGCUUUUAUGUAUAAAAUUUCUGUCCUCUCUCGAGCAACUUGUGUGGUCGAGUGGUUAUGGUGCGCGCUCAUACACAUUUUUGUCGAGGGUCUAGGUUCGAAUCCCGUUAGCGGCAAAUUUUUGUUAUUUGCCUUCUGAUAAUUAUCGCGAUAACUUUGCAGGCGAUAAAGUUGGAUAGCGAAAAUGAAAAGAGCGAUUUCCAGUUUUCGGCUAUCUUUGAUCGGGGACAAACAGCAACACGCGAUAAACAUUUCUUACAGGAAAAGUAAAAACAGAAAAAAUCGGUUGCUCGAAAAACGCCGUUUUUCGUCUCAAUUUGCUGAUAAUUUCAUUCCCUGUUAUAAACAUCUGUUAAGAAUUAUUCGCGGAGCAGGAUUCUUUCAUGAAGGGCCCAUAUAACCGAGGCGGUAAACGCACGCGUGUUCAGCCUGACCAUGCUGAGGGGGACGGGUUCGAUUCCCGGUCGGUCCAGGAUCUUUUCGUAAAGGAAAUUUCCUUGACUUCCUUGGGCAUAGAGUAUCUUCGUGCCUGCCACACGAUAUACGCAUGCAAAAUUAUCAUUGACAGAGGAAGCUCUCAGUUAAUAACAGUUAAUAAGCUGAGAAGCAGGCUCUGUCCCAAUGAGGACGUUACCCCAAAAAGAAAGAAGAAGAAGAUUCUUUCAUAGGUUCUUCUUGGGUUUCCAUCAGGGAAUUCUCCUAAGGUUGUUUCAGGGCCUUCUUCAAAGAUUUCUCGGGGUUUUUUUAGGGUUCUUUCCCGAGAUUUCUUCAUUGAUAUCUUCCGGGAUUCCUUUAGGGAUUUCUUCCUGGGUUUCUUCCGGUAUUCUUUCAGAUAUUCAUUUAGAGAUUCUUUCUAGGAGUUUUCCUGGUUUCUUUUAUGGAUUCCUUCAGAGAUUUUUCCAGUGAUUCCUGGAUUCAUUGUUCCCGAAUUUCUUUUAAGGAUUUUGCCCAAGAUUUCUUCCUAGAUUCGUUCGGGAAAUCGUUCAAAGAUUUUUUAAAUAAUUUCUCGAGAGAUCCUUUUGGGACUACUCCAGGAAUUAUUUCAUAACCGUAAAAGUCCGUAAAAUUCACAUACAUUUUGCCUCACGUUUGAGAGAACAAAUGCGUCAAAUGGAGCGGGUUGGUAAGGUAACUCAUUGUUCUUUCCAAGUGAGCGAGCAAACAAGACAUAGAUAUUAGUGUUUUUCGAAAUUGGAAUCUAUUGCAAGGUAUCCAUUGUCACAAUGGCCAUCUUUGGAUUCUUACAUCUGCGUCCUUAAUGCCUCCCGGGAUUCCUUCCUAGAUUUCUCCUAGGAUUCCUUCCCGGAUUCUAUUAGAGAUUCUUUCAGGAUUCUCUCAGGUAUCCUCUCAGGUAUCAGGUUAUCCUGGGUUUCUUUCAGGGAUUACUCCAGGAUUCUUUCAUAGAUUGCUCCCGGUAUUCCUUCAAGAUUUUUAUUCGGAAUUCUAUCAUUCGCCAGGGUGUCCCCGGGAAUCGUCGCGGGAUUCCUAUCAGGGAUUCUACCGGGGUUUUUCCAGAGAUUUCUUCCAGAUUUCUUUGUGGGAACCCUACCGUGAUACCUCCUAGGAUUUCUCCCGGGACUUUUCUUGAGACUGAAUUACUCCAGAUAAUGUUUCCGGGAUUCCUGCGAGUAUUACUCCAUGUGGGGGAGAAGAGGAUUCUUCGAUAGUGUAACGAGCCAUGUUUCAUAUGUUCAGCAGAAUGCUCCCAAUCUUUGAAAUGAGUCCAGAAAAGAAAUAUGAACAAAUCACUUUUUCAUAUUUUACGAGCGGAGCUACCAAGGUGUAGAAUUUUGCAAUCAAGUAUGCCUUGGUAGACCAAACAUCAAAGAAGUGAAAAAUAUUUGAUUCAUUCUUGUACUAGCUCUUGUUAGAAAUAGACGUUAUAUACAUUGUUCCCAAGCCUUUUAUUGGUUGAUCAUAACAGGUCCAAAAUUUUCGACUUUCAUAGAUCAUAUUGAUAUGUUGCCCUAAACGUAUGGCCGAUGACAUGAAUAGUUCAUUUAUUGAAUAACUUUUUUCUAGAUUUUUUCGCUAUGUUUGAUAAAAGGCAGUCAUCCGUAACCCGUAACGUGGGUAGAUCACCUUGGAAUGGUGUGUUACGGCGUAAGAUCUGCCAUACUAUACCAAAUUUUAAUCUUGCUAUUUUCCAGUCUGGUUAAUUUAAAUGCAGGAUCAAGAUUUGGUUUACUUUUUUUACUGUUUUUUUGUUUAUUAAUUGUUUUUUAUUCUGUUUUUGUAAUUUGUUUUUCACUGCUAAUAUACUGUUUGUUUCAGAGGAAUGCAGGUAAAUUUGUCCUAUGUGUAAAUAACACAAUUUACAAUAAAUAUAACUAUUGUGAACGUAUCACCAUUUAAUACUAUUUUCUAUUUCAGAUUUACAAGCAGCGAUCAAAACGGUAAAGCAUCUCUUUUUUAGGAAGAUUAAGAUUACCGUACGAUUCAGUGGCAGGUAGACCACGGUGUCCGCGUCGAUUUCUUCGAGCCGAGUUUCGUAAUUUCGCGUGUUCUGUUUCUUCGAGUACAGUUUCGUAAUUUCACGGGUGUUGGUGUGUGUUUCUUCCGUUUCUUAUUUUCGCGAACCUUGUUUUACGCAAACUAUUUUUGAUAUAAAAAAAAUGAAAUGUCUGGAAGCCAUCCGGUAGUUAAAAUACAGUGAUCGGGGCGUGAGUGUGGUAUCCGGGAUCAGCCGUACGACGCCAGCUAGCAGUAGAUGCGGGGUUGUUUUCUCGAAUUGAUUGUGCGGUGGACAUUAUUCCCUGACAUAGUGGUUUCUGCUUUUAGUUGUGUUGCGAGUACGUACACGCUGCAUUACACGAACACCACUUGAGUUACUGGUUGAAAAUAGUAAACAAAGAUCAGCUGUUCCCAGCAAAAUCAAAUGGGCAUAUUUUCAACCAGUAGAUUUGCAUUAGUGUUCGUGACACCGCGCUGCGAAACCACUAUGUCGCGUAUGUGAGGACGAAUUUUUCACGAGUGCAUCGUUCGUAGCAAAACAAGAAUCGGUCUGGUGAUUGUAGCAAUUUGUUUACCAAAACAAAUCAUCCCUUCCCGUAUCCAAACUCCUAGUGAUUACUCGUAGUAACGCAGAGAAUUCCUCGGUUAUUGGCCUAAGCGAGAAUCACGUCAUCACUUCCUUCCCUAUCCUCAAUUGGAUUCUUUAGGGGUAAACUAGUCGAAAUUCAAAAUUUCAUAAUUUUUGGAGUCCGGGAACUAUUUUUAAAAUGCAUUUAAAGUUUGUAUGGGGAAAAUUUUCUGUUCGGGUCGAACUGUCACUUUAUCGAUUGAACUGUCAUUCUAUCCACGAAAAUUAAAUUUGUGUUGUUGAUUUAACCAUCAAAACAAAGGUAUUAAAAUCCAAUAAAAUCACGUUAUAGACAAUAGAGUUAAUAAACUAUAGAGGACGAAUGUCGCUGCUGUUCCCUUUGUUCUCGUUCGCAAACAUGUCGGGUAUCUGUCUGUCAAACUGCAUACUUUUUCGCUUUGACACUUAUAGCCCGCCCUAUCUCCGCCAGCAAGAGAUGUUUCGGCAGCGACGCCAGCGACAUUCGUCCUCUAUAGUUUAUUAACUCUAUUUUAUAGACGAGUGCACCGCCCGCUGAAAGUUCACUCGGGCAGCAAAUUUUGACACCACAGCGGGGUCGACUCUCAACAAUUUCUACCCAGCUGAAAAUUUGUUUAAUUUAUUGCAUCUAAUUUUCGCUAUUAAGUUGCAAAAAUAUUGGCUAGUGCAUUAACUAUAUGCAUAUGCAUCACUUUAAAUGGAAAUUCAUGUAAGAAAUCAAAGAAAAAAAUUAUCAGCGCAUUUUGGUGAUGCAUCUCUGAGUAGAAGUUGUUGAGAGUCGACCCCGCUGUGCUGUCAAAAAUGUUCAGGCUCAGUGAACUCAGUGUUCAUCGGUGCUCUCGUCUAUACUCAGAAAAAUGAGCUCUUUCGAUUAGGCUACAGAAAAUAGCAAUAUUAUCUAAACAACCCAAUUGACCUGCAUUCGGACGCGGCCGGCGCUGGUAUUGCUUUUUAAAAAAGUAUUGGGAUGCCAGCAUUUACACAAUGAGGAGAAGGCUAGUCCCAAGCAUUAUCUGUUGGUUCUUUGUGUAAAUGCAGCUGUCCUUGCAAUAACAGAGGAGCAACCGCGGGCGGUCAAUCAUGCUCAUGUUCAUGCUCAUGCUCAUGCUCAUGUUUGAUAAAAGGCAGUCAUCCUUAAAUUUUAUCGAAUCAAUUUUCAGAGACUAUGCUUUAAAUUUCAAUAAGGCACUUUAGAUCAACUAUUCACACUACUAUAUUUUGGCUCAAUCAUAUUCAAAGUUUGUAUGACUUACCGUUUUUUAAAUGAGACCUUGAGUUUUGAAAGUAUAUUUGC